UUUUUUUCGCGUUCAAAAGAAAGGUUGUUUUACGCUCCGUCGCGGUUUUUGUCGCUGUUUUAGCUCGAAAACUCGCGUAAAAAAUACACUUAGCGAAUUAACUGAAAAGUGAAUACAAAGUGAACAAAAAAAGAGAUAAGUGUGUACACAAAUACAAAAUAAAAACAAACAAAAAAAAACCAAUGAAACAAAAUUUUGGCGGCGUUCUUUUAAUGUUGUCCGGAAUCUGUGUUUGAUUUUUCCGGCCUGAUGCUAUCGAAACAGUUUAAUUGUCUAACAGUGUAUAGCGAGAUAAAAGUAAGCAAAUAAAUAUUAUUAUUUUAAACUAAAAAUGCAACCCUCAACAGCGUCCUUUGCAUUGGUGUGCGUUUAUAUGCAUUGGUGUGCGUGUGUUUGGAUUAAAAGUCAAGCAAUUAUCAGUGCUAAACAGAAAUAAAUACGAAAAUAAAAAGAAAUCAAAAUCAAAUUGGAUUAUCGCCCAGCUUCUGGGACUUGCCGCAGGAUGUUGACUUCUUGUAGCUGCUUUCACCUGCCCCAGCAGCGAUAUUCCUCACACCUCUCCGCGUAGAAUAGGCAUUUCCGGUCUUGCAGCGCGCGCACAGCAGCAAUCAGAAGCGCUGCCAGCAGCAACCAGCAACAUCAGCCGAUAUCAGAUAUUGCCAACCGAUAUAUAUAUAUAUUUGCCGCCGCUGUCGCCGCCUUGUUCUUCGCGAUUUCGUCGCCGUCAGCGUUCGCCGCCGACUGAGACGAAAGCUGCGAAGCAACGAGCGCCAGCGAAAGCCUCACCACGGACGCAUUUAUGGAUGCGGGCGGCCUGCCAGUUUUCCAGAGCGCCAGCCAAGCAGCCGCCGUCGCCCAGCAGCAACAGCAGCAACAACAGCAGCAGCAGCAGCAGCAACAUCUGAAUCUUCAGUUGCACCAGCAGCAUUUGGGCCUUCAUUUGCAGCAGCAGCAGCAGCUGCAACUGCAACAGCAACAGCAGCAACACAAUGCCCAGGCGCAGCAGCAGCAGCAGAUCCAAGUGCAGCAGCAGCAACAACAGCAGCAGCAACAGCAACAGCAACACUCGCCCUACAAUGCCAACCUGGGAGCAACAGGCGGAAUUGCUGGAAUCGCUGGCGGCAACGGAGCUGGCGGCCCUGCGAAUCCAGGAGCGGUUUCCUCCGCCCCGGGCGAUAACAUGCCCGCCAAGCGGCUGCCGGUCGUCGACCGUCUGCGUCGCCGCAUGGAGAACUACCGCCGCCGGCAGACGGACUGCGUGCCCCGCUACGAGCAGGCCUUCAGCACCGUCUGCGAGCAGCAGAACCAGGAGACCACCGCCCUCCAGAAGCGCUUCCUCGAGAGCAAGAACAAGCGGGCGGCCAAGAAGACCGACAAGAAGCUGCCCGAUCCCUCGCAGCAGCAGCAACAUCAGCAGCAGCAGCAGCAGCAACACCAGCAACACCAGCAACACCAGCAACAUCAGCAGCAGCAUCAGCAACACCAGCAGGCCCAGACGAUGUUAGCCGGACAGCUGCAGAGCAGUGUUCAUGUGCAACAAAAAUUCCUGAAACGACCCGCGGAGGAUGUUGACAAUGGCGCUGAACCGCCGCACAAGUUGCCCAAUAACAACAACAAUAGCAAUAGCAAUAACAACAACGGCAACUCGAAUGCCAACAACGGCGGCAACAACAACAACAAUGGGAACAACACCGGCAACAGCAACAACACGAACAACAACGGCAACGGCACCAACAACAACAACGGCGGCAGCAACAACAACGGCUCUGAGAAUCUAACCAAAUUCUCCGUGGAAAUAGUGCAGCAGCUGGAGUUUACCACAUCGGCGGCCAAUUCGCAACCGCAACAGAUUAGCACGAAUGUCACUGUAAAGGCGCUCACCAAUACUUCGGUGAAGAGUGAACCAGGAGUGGGUGGCGGCGGCGGUGGUGGCGGUGGUGGAGGUGGUAGCGGCAACAACAACGGAGGCGGUGGAGGUGGCGGCAACAACAACAACAACAACAACGGUAACGAUCACCACCAGCAACAGCAACAACAGCAGCAACAGCAAGGCGGCGGACUGGGAGGCCUCGGCAAUAAUGGGCGUGGCGGGGGACCCGGCGGCAUGGCCACGGGUCCCGGGGGCGUGGCCGGCGGCCUUGGCGGCAUGGGCAUGCCACCCAACAUGAUGUCCGCCCAGCAAAAGUCCGCCCUGGGCAAUCUGGCCAACUUGGUGGAGUGCAAACGGGAACCGGAUCACGAUUUCCCCGAUCUCGGCUCGCUGGACAAGGACGGCGGCGGGGGGCAGUUCCCCAGCUUUCCCGAGCUUCUCGGCGACGACAACUCGGAGAACAACGACACCUUCAAGGAUCUCAUCAACAACCUGCAGGACUUCAAUCCCAGUUUCCUCGAUGGCUUCGAUGAGAAACCGCUGCUGGACAUCAAGACCGAGGAUGGCAUCAAGGUGGAGCCGCCGAAUGCCCAGGAUCUGAUCAACAGCCUGAAUGUGAAGUCCGAAGGCGGAUUGGGCCAUGGCUUCGGUGGCUUUGGCCUGGGCCUGGACAACACGGGCAUGAAGAUGCGCGGCGGCAAUCCUGGCGGCAAUCAGGUUGGCUUCCCCAACGGUCCGAAUGGCGGUGCAGGUGGUGGUGCCUCCAAUGCCGGCGGCAACGGGGGAAACUCUGGUAAUCUCAUGUCUGAUCAUCCGCUGGCUGCUCAGACACUCAAGCAAAUGGCCGAGCAGCACCAGCACAAGAAUGCCAUGGGCGGCAUGGGCGGUUUCCCCCGUCCCCCGCACGGCAUGAACCCCCAGCAGCAGCAACAGCAGCAGCAGCAGCAGCAACAGGCCCAGCAGCAACAUGGCCAGAUGAUGGGGCAAGGACAGCCGAAUCGCUACAACGACUACGGUGGCGGCUUCCCCAACGAUUUUGGUCUGGGUCCCAAUGGACCGCAGCAGCAGCAACAGCAACAGCAGCCGCAGCAGCAACAUCUGCCGCCGCAGUUCCACCAGAAGGGUCCUGGACCAGGAGCCGGCAUGAAUGUGCAGCAAAGCUUUCUGGACAUCAAGCAGGAGCUCUUCUAUUCCUCUCAAAACGAUUUCGAUCUCAAGCGCCUGCAGCAGCAGCAGGCCAUGCAGCAGCAGCAGCAACAGCAGCAACAUCACCAGCAACAGCAGCAGCAGCAGCCCAAAAUGGGAGGCGUGCCGAACUUCAACAAGCAGCAGCAGCAGCAGCAACAGCAACAGGUGCCGCAACAGCAACUGCCACAGCAGCAGCAAUACUCGCCGUUCAGCAAUCAGAACGCCAAUGCGGCGGCCAACUUCCUCAAUUGUCCGCCACGGGGUGGACCAAAUGGCAACCAGCAGCAGCCCGGCAAUCUGCCGCAACAGCAGCAGCAGCAACCCGGCGGCGGACCGCAGCAACAGCAGCAGCAGCAACGCGGAAAUGCCGGCAACGGACAGCAAAACAAUCCGAAUGCCGGACCCGGCGGCAACACCUCCAAUGCACCGCAGCAGCAGCAAUCGACAACCACAACGCUGCAGAUGAAGCAGACGCAGCAGUUGCACAUUAGCCAACAGGGUGGCGGAGCUCAUGGCAUUCAGGUGUCGGCUGGUCAGCAUCUGCAUCUGAGUGGCGACAUGAAGAGCAACGUCUCGGUGGCCGCCCAGCAAGGUGUCUUCUUCAGUCAGCAGCAGGCGCAACAGCAACAGCAGCAGCAGCAACAGCAACAGCCCGGCGGCAACAACGGACCCAAUCCACAGCAGCAACAGCAACAGUCGCAUGGCGGCAACGCUGGCGGAGGAGUGGGCGUUGGUGUGGGCGUGGGCGUUGGCAAUGGCGGUCCCAAUCCUGGACAGCAGCAGCAGCAACCAAAUCAAAACAUGAGCAAUGCAAAUGUUCCCUCCGAUGGCUUCUCGCUUUCCCAGAGCCAAAGCAUGAACUUCAACCAGCAGCAGCAGCAGGCAGCGGCGGCGGCGGCAGCAGCGGCGGCAGCGCAGCAGCAACAGGCGGCCGCCCAGCAGCAGCAGCAGGUGCCGCCCAAUAUGCGACAGCGUCAGACGCAAGCGCAGGCGGCGGCUGCAGCAGCGGCGGCAGCAGCGGCGCAGGCGCAAGCGGCGGCCAAUGCCAGCGGUCCGAAUGUGCCGCUCAUGCAGCAGCCCCAGGUCGGAGUGGGCGUUGGCGUGGGCGUCGGCGUCGGCGUAGGUGUGGGCGUGGGCAAUGGAGGCGUGGUCGGCGGACCCGGCUCCGGCGGUCCCAACAACGGUGCAAUGAAUCAAAUGGGCGGUCCAAUGGGCGGCAUGCCGGGCAUGCAGAUGGGCGGACCCAUGAACCCGAUGCAGAUCAAUCCCAACGCUGGUGUCCCGUCCGCCCAGCAGAUGAUGAUGAGCGGCGGCGGCGGUGGUGGCGGACCUGGCCAGGUUCCGGGGCCCGGUCCAGGACCCAAUCCCAGCCAGGCCAAGUUCCUGCAGCAGCAGCAGAUGAUGCGCGCCCAGGCGAUGCAGCAGCAGCAGCAGCACAUGUCCGGAGCUCGUCCGCCGCCGCCCGAGUACAAUGCCACCAAGGCGCAGCUGAUGCAGGCGCAGAUGAUGCAGCAGACGGUGGGUGGCGGUGGCGUGGGCGUGGGCGUUGGCGUUGGAGGUGUGGGAGUGGGUGGCGUGGGCGUAGGCGUCGGCGGUGGCGCCAACGGCGGUCGCUUCCCCAACAGCGCUGCCCAGGCGGCGGCCAUGCGGCGCAUGACCCAGCAGCCCAUUCCGCCCUCCGGUCCGAUGAUGCGACCGCAGCAUGCCAUGUACAUGCAGCAGCAUGGCGGCGCAGGCGGCGGUCCAAGGAGCGGCAUGGGCGUGCCCUAUGGCGGCGGAGCGGGCGGACCCAUGGGCGGGCCGCAGCAGCAGCAGAGGCCGCCCAAUGUCCAGGUCACGCCCGAUGGCAUGCCCAUGGGCUCGCAGCAGGAGUGGCGGCACAUGAUGAUGACGCAGCAGCAGACGCAGAUGGGCUUCGGCGGUCCAGGACCAGGUGGACCCAUGCGACAGGGACCCGGAGGAUUUAAUGGGGGCAACUUUAUGCCGAAUGGUGCUCCCAAUGGUGCAGCUGGCAGCGGACCCAAUGCCGGUGGCAUGAUGUCCGGCCCUAAUGUGCCGCAAAUGCAGCUGACUCCCGCCCAGAUGCAGCAGCAACUGAUGCGCCAACAGCAGCAACAGCAACAGCAACAGCAGCAGCAGCAGCACAUGGGACCUGGCGGCGGCAACAACAUGCAGAUGCAGCAACUGCUGCAGCAGCAGCAAUCCGGAGGCGGGGGCAACAUGAUGGCCAGCCAGAUGCAGAUGACCAGCAUGCACAUGAGCCAGACGCAGCAGCAGAUCACCAUGCAGCAGCAGCAGCAGUUCGUGCAGAGCACCACCACGACCACGCACCAGCAGCAGCAGAUGAUGCAGAUGGGACCGGGUGGCGGCGGUGGCGGAGUGCCCGGAUCGGCCAGCAACAAUAACGGCGGCGGUGGCGGUGUCGGUGGAGGAGGAGGUGGUGCCGGCGGAGGCAAUUCCGCGUCGACCAUUGCCAGCGCCAGCUCCAUCAGCCAGACGAUCAACUCGGUGGUGGCCAACUCGAAUGAUUUGUGUCUCGAAUUCUUGGACAACCUGCCCGUGGACAGCAACUUCUCCACGCAGGAUCUGAUCAACUCCCUCGACAACGACAACUUCAACCUGCAGGACUUCAACAUGCCGUAGACUGGACAUGUCGGGAAGCACUUAAACACCACCAUCACCACCACCACCACCACCACCUCCAGCCAGCACCAAACACAACCACCACCACCAUAACCACCACGAUGUUGCCUCAGUUUUGUUUAGAUUUUUAUUUUGUUGCCUGUUGUUGUUAUUGGCCUGGGCAGCCGUACCCAACCGCCCUACCGCCCUACCGCCUACCACCCCGCCCCCCCGUUCCUGCCAACGAAGUUAUUUUGUUUGUUAUUUGUGUGUGAAUUUAUUCCUAAGCUAAGUUCGUUCGUCUAAUGUACUCUAAUUUCGCGGGCUCCACUGUAUUGUAUUGCAUUGUAUUGUAUUGUAUUGUAUUGUAUUGUAUUGUAUUGUACUGUAUUGUAUGUAUUAUCAGAGCUGUUCCCAUGGUCCAAGGCGUGCGCCCAAAGUGGGCGUGGCACCGGUCGAAGGUGAGAGCGAGAGAGCAAGAGUUCACAAGACAUUCCAUAUGCACCGGUCGAACUAAGGAAAUAGGGAAAAUUCGAAAAGUAUUUGCAAGUACUUUAAAAUCAAGCGAAUAGGAAAAAAGAUUUCAAAUUCACAUACACCGAGACACAGACUCGCGCUGUGUAACUUAAGCACUUGUACUUAAUGCAAAUUUUUGUGCCACGCCCAGCGGAUAGCACGCCCCAUUUCGUUUGAUUACUUAAGCAAAAACCAGAUGAAAUAAUGGAAGCAAAACGCAAAAAGAACCAACAACAAAACAAAAUCGAAAAACAAAAAAACAAAACACAAAAUAGUUGUACAUUUUAUAUUGUAUUUAAUUUUAUUUAAUUUUUAUAAAAACAAAAUCGACAAACUAAAUGAAACAAAACAAACAAAACAAAACGCAAAAAAAAAAAAAAAUGGGAAAACAAAAUCGAGAAACUGUCAGAAUAAAGAGCAAAAAUAUUGGUGAUAUUUUAAAUGCUUAAAACACAAAUUGAGAAAUAAGCGAAUCAAACGAGAAUACAACAAAAUGCGAAGACCACAAAGCAAACUGAAAGGGAAGAACUUUUUAAAAACAACAUAAAUUUGAGAAUGAGAAACAGUUAUUAUUAUUAUAAUUCUAAUUAUUAUUGUACAUUAAUUUUUUUAGAAGAGUUCAUUUUUAAAUGGAAUUUUAAACGCGGAGCAACAGUGCGAGAAAUGCGCAAACAAAACAUAUUUAAAAAAUAUACACUAUAUAUAUUAUGCGUAGUUUUUGGUAGUGAAACGUAAUUAGUAGUUUGUUAAAUAAAUUGAUAUACACCCACAAAUACAUAAUAUACAAAUCAUAUGUAUGCGAUCCGAUAUAUUUGAUUACUGUAAAAGCAGCGCUAACAAUUUACGAGUAUAUAAUUAGUUCUAAGUCGCCACAAAAUGUUUGAGGAGAUAAGCGGAGAUCGAAAUUUAUAUUUACUACAUGCGCCUGGCCGCAUUACCAAGUGAUGCCAUGCCAAGCCAAGCCACGCCCACAUAGAUGAGGAUGAAGAGGAGGAUGAGGAGUAGGAGGACAAGGACGAACAAUAUUAGAGCAAACAAGAAAUCGCGAAAACAAGCUAACAUGCAAAUGAAAACGCCAGAGAUUCCAGCAAUGAAAUUAUUGUACGACAACUAAUUAGAGCAAUUCCAUAAGUCCGUAAGUUAGACGUUCAGUUGAGGCCAUAGAAAUUUUAUGAACCGGGCACACAGCGGUCGCCACUUCCACAAUUAUAUAGUAACAGACAGCUCACAGCCAUUUUUGCAGAGUUUACAUUAAUUAGGAUCGACAGCAACAAAUCCAUAGCACACGCCUAGCAAAAAAAAUAUAUAAUAAAUUUAAUGAAAAGUAUUUAAGCCGCAGACAAACAAAACAAAAUAAAACAAAACAAAACGAUAAAAAUCUAACAAAAUUUACUAUUACAAUUAUAAAUGAAUAAAAUACGCGAAUUGUAGUUUGUAAUUAAUGCUAAAGAUACGAAGUAAAAAUUUGUUUAUAACUAUUAUAUACCGCAAAUUAUAUAUACACUAUUAUUACUAUAUACAA